GCGGGGCCGGGGCUGAGCGGGCACUGGGCGGCCGGGACUGAGCCGGAGCGGGGCCGUGCUGGGCAGAGCCGAGCCGUGCCGAACCGGGCCGGGCCGGGACCGCGGCGAUGAACUUCGCGGUGGGGCUGAAGCCGCUGCUGGCGGAGGCGCGGAACAUGGAGAGCCUGGAGAAGCAGCUCAUCUGCCCCAUCUGCUUGGAGAUGUUCACCAAGCCCGUGGUCAUCCUGCCCUGCCAGCACAACCUCUGCCGCAAGUGUGCCAACGACGUCUUCCAGGCCUCCAACCCGCUGUGGCAGUCGCGGGGCUCCAGCGCGGUGCCGUCGGGCGGUCGGUUCCGGUGCCCGUCGUGCCGCCACGAGGUGGUGCUGGACCGGCACGGCGUGUACGGGCUGCAGCGGAACCUGCUGGUGGAGAACAUUAUCGACAUCUACAAACAGGAGUCGGCCAGGCCCCUGCACGCCAAGGCUGAGCAGCACCUUAUGUGUGAGGAGCACGAGGACGAGCGGAUCAACAUCUACUGCCUGCGCUGCGAGGCACCCACCUGCUCCCUCUGCAAGGUCUUUGGGGCCCACAAGGACUGCGAGGUUGCGCCGCUCCCUGCUGUCUACCAGCGCCAGAAGAGCGAGCUCAGUGAUGGCAUCGCCAUGCUGGUGGCGGGGAACGACCGCAUCCAGGCCAUCAUCACCCAGAUGGAGGAGAUCUGCCACACCAUCGAGGAGAAUGGCCGGCGGCAGAAGCAGCAGCUGGGGCUGCGUUUUGACGCACUGUGCAGCAUCCUGGAGGAGAGGAAGAAGGAGCUGCUGCAGAGCAUCGCACAGGAGCAGGAGGCCAAAGUGCAGCUUGUGAGAGGCCUCAUCCGGCAGUACGGAGACCACCUGGAGGCCUCCUCCAAGCUGGUGGAGUCGGCCAUCCAGGCCAUGGAAGAGCCCCAGAUGGCUGUGUACCUGCAGCACUCCAAGGAGCUCCUGAAAAAGAUCACAGACAUGUCCAAGGUGUCCAUGAGCAGCCGCCCAGAGCCAGGCUACGAGAAUAUGGACCACUUCUCUGUCAACGUGGACUAUGUGGCCGAGAUGCUGAGGACCAUCGAGUUCCAGACAGAGCCACUGGGUGAUGACGAGGCAGAUGGACCUGGGGACAGCAGCGAGGCAGUGGGGGAUGAGGACCAGCUGGACAGCCUGGAGGUGCCUGAAGCUGUGGAAGACUUGGGGCCGAGGCAGAAGCCAGCGAGCUCCCCACAUGGUCAGCACUGAGCCGGCACUGUGGGGCAGCAGCGGAACCUGCCGGCUCAUCCCUGUCCCUGUCCCCACCCCUGUCCCCACCCCUGUCCCUGGGCAGUGACCCCAGCGCUGCCCGGUGGCCGGCGUGGCUCUGCUCCAACAUUAAACCCUGUGUGAGGA